AUGAUAAAAGCCGGGAGAGAAUUAGGAUUAAGAUUCGUACAUUUUGUUGAGGAAUUUGGGCGCAUUCCUGAACGCACCCGCCUUUAUCUGAGAAACACCCACCUGUCAAUCCCCGAUCUAGGGACUUCAAGAACCCCCUAUAAACUCAGACCAGCAGAGAGAAGAAAUCCUUCUGACCUACAAAGGUCGUUAUCAGAAAGGUUUACAAACUACAACGGCUCUGGUCCAAAUACAGAACGUUUUACUGUCGUCACUCUUAGAGAUGGAAUACCUUUAUAUUUCCAGAGCUACAAAGAAGUCUUCCGAAAAACUGGAAUAAGCAAUGAGGCAUACAAUUAUAUAUUUGACAACAGUUUGUUAAAAUUUGGUCUUGGUGAUGAUGAACAAAGCAUUAUACGAUUUCCCAGAACACGAACAGGAUUCGAAGAGAACACGAUUUCCACUGAAUUACCAAGGGUCGUCUCUGUCCCUACAGGAAUGGGUUCAUAUCCCACAGGAUCUCUGAGGCAAUACCUAUCACGGAACCCCAGAAGCAAUAAUACUUUCCAAUUGGCACUUAAUUCUGUGAUUGAUGUACCAACGUCAAAGAUUUUCCUCGUGUACGAAUACCCUUGGUGGCUUGAAGAGCGCUUCAAUUUCACUUUCAUUCAGUCAGAUCUACCGUACAGGCAGUCUUUCCACUGGGGGAUAUCUCGCAAUGAUAAGGCAGUUUUGCUUGUGUCCUAUACUGACCUAGACGAUGUAGCCUUCUGGAGUCAUCUUCAAAGAAGAGGAAGGGUCAUUAGUAAAAGGAAUGAUGAUACUCGAGUAACGGACGAGGUUUUAAGACAUGUACAUAGUCAGAUUUCGAAUGUUUACAAAAUAGACUACGGAUGUAUUCCUGUCCCUGUGGAUGGUAUGAUGUUUGUUUGGGACAAGUAUCCCUUUAAUGGAGGAUGGGUUUCAUGGAAACCAGGGUCAAAAUCAUACAUUAAAAACUAUCUGACAAAGCCAUUUCCCCAAGACAAUAUUUUCAUAGUCCAUGGGUACUGGGGAGGGAUACAUAACGGUUGGGGGGAGAGUUCGCUGGAGGCCGCUGAUGAUAUAUUGACUCACUUUGGUGUUCCAUCUUAUCUUUCCAAUACAUUAUACAACAAGCAGGAAUAAAACAUGAUUGUUUUAUUUUAUGUUUGAAAAAAAGACAUUUUGU